UCCACGGAUUCAGCAUCACACCCGUCCAGACUCCAGAGCCAUCACCGCAAGAAACACGUUGUUCGUAUAUAUUUUAAUUCCUAAUCGCAAACCACCACACUCAACGAUUAUUAUGGCGUUCAGGUUCGCAGUAUUUACGUCGGUCCUGGCAGCGGUGACGCACGGUUCCCCCGUGUACACGGCUGCACCCUACGCGGCCUACCCCUACGAAGCCGCCCCGUACUCGCCCGCCCUAUACGCGCCGGUUCCGUACUAUGCAGCGGCGGCGACCAAGUCGUACGAUGCGGACUACGACCCGAACCCGUCGUAUUCAUACGCUUACGACGUGCACGAUCAGCUGACGGGCGACUCGAAGAGCCAGCACGAGACCAGGAACGGUGACGUGGUGCACGGGUCGUACAGCUUGGUGGACCCGGAUGGCACCAGGCGGACGGUCGACUACACCGCGGACCCGCACAACGGAUUCAACGCGGUCGUCACCAAGGAACCGUUGGCCAAAGGCUACGGGGCCGCACCCGCCCGCGCCGCUUACCCGGUCAAGUCGUACGCGCCCGCGCCAGCCGUCUACCCGGCAGCCGUCAACGCCUAUGCGCCAAUCUAUCCGGCCGUCAAAGCGUACGCGCCAACGCCGUACCACGCGUACCCGGCUUACCACUGACCGCGUUCACGUGACCACCACCGCACCACAGAGACCCACUGAACCAGAUUUACACUGCACUACGUAUUAUCCACACACAGGUAUACUGCGCAUACCGCCCUCGUCCGAUAGUGAAUCAUCACCCACCACAUGUGGCCCACCACCGAUGAAGACGAUAAUAGUUAAUUACAAUACUUAAACGGAAACAUUUAUUUAUUUAUUUAUUUUUGUCCUAUUUAUGACACAAACGCAUUAACUAUAAUAAUCAUAUUAUAA